CCUUGCGGUUUGGAUGUAAACAAGUGCGCGCGAGUUCGAAUAAAUGAAUGCGGAAGGACCCCAAGUUGGAGGAUUUACUGACGAUUUCAAGCUAGUCGUGACGAAAAAAGGACAUCGGCGCAAAGCAAAAGGAUUACCAAACAAACCACUUCCCAAUGCAGCCGGAGACGAGACCGAAACGAACGAUUGCCCCAGCCGGGACACAGUGAUCUCACAACUCCGGGCCGCCGAAACCGAUCUGCUGCAGUCCGCGUAUUUUGCCGAGUGUUUGGAAAUUACUCAACCCAUCCUAUCGAACGUCGAGCGGAUAGUUUGCCUGGGGUUAGGCAGAUUCAGCGAAUGCUCGAUCGCUCGGUAUCAGUUGGCAUUCUUGCGGUGCCUUCGUGAUAAGCUACCACUUCCCACCGGCGGGUUAGCUGCACAGUUUUUCGAUCCACUAUUUGGACGCACGGAGGUGGAGGUGCUACAAACGCUUGGAGAAACGGUGUUACCAGAGAACGUUGAGGGCAAGUACAGUGCCGAUUGUAGGACACUGUUUUAUCUACCCCACUGUCCCAAACAGCUCGUGAAUAAUCUGCUGUGGAAGAACUGGCAUCCGAAGCGAAUCACGAAUCUCGUACUCAUCUGCAACAGUUUCGGCAGCGUUGUUAACAAUCAUCCGCACCGGUUGCUUAGCAGAAGCGCGGGCUACAUACUACGUGCGGCUGAGGUUUUCAAAGAGUUUCCACUGAGAAACACGUUCCGAUUUAGCGACAUUUUCAACGACACAUCGUUGCAUUGCCCGGCGACCGUGGUCGGCGAAGAACUUCCCGCUAGCGUUUGGGAAAACUGCGAAGAACCAACGUACGAGGGAGACGAUCUGGAACUUGUUUCGCAACAAAUCGUCGAAAGGUUAGUCAUCGAUCGGAAGUAAAUCCAAAGAGGAACAUUAAGAAUGGCAACGGUAACUAAGAUCGCGAGCAGCCGUACGUUAAAGCAACUGCUUUCCGAGUUGAAACACAUCAGCUCCAACGAAGGUAGUGCUUCUUUGGCCGCCAAGUACAUCAGCGACCAGUACCGGCGGUUCGAAACGACAGAACAGCAGCAUUGCCGAGCCAAAGAGGAACUACAAUUUACCGCCGAUACGUACCGGUGCUACCUGGAGAGUGUACGAAAGCUGAAGGAGUUAAACGACGUGUAUCGUGGUAAGGGCGAACGCAGUAUCCGAGAUACGGCCGACAUGGUAGGCUUCAAGCUGCCCCACGAUCCAAAGUGAACUUCAGAUAAUCUUUCGAAAAAAGAUAUGAAUGAACAUUUGUUGAAAUGAUUGAGUAAUAAAAUAUUAUUGCUAUUUCAGUGGAAAUGCAGCGUGCUUUAGAAAUCGA